AUGGCAACAGAUCAUCGCCUUACCAGGUUUCCCGGCGGCGGGCCUUGCGUUGAUCCAUUACAACCACCAGCAGCGCCUAGCAGCGAUCCAAAAGGCUUUCCUCCACCGACCACUCAAAAGGCCAGAGUUGAUCAUAAAGGGGGCGGUGGCGCGCCCUCGCUUAAAGCUGACACUCUAGGGCUUCUCAGAAAGAAGAGACACCCUGGCGAUUCCCCCGCGGCACCUCCGCCAAAACACUUGAAGCGUAGUGCCCGAGUAGGAAACGUUAUCCCAGAACUUCCCGAGCAGCCCGAGGAGUGGUACAAGAAGAUCGGCGAACUAACGCUCGGAGUCGAACGACGCAUCACGGUGCUAGACUAUAAAAAAAUAACUUCUAAGGGCAAAGACUCGGGACUUUUUAUGAUGAAAGAUUUCGCUAGUGGCGACCAGAUAGAUGCUAUCCGGAAAAUUAAACACCCGCAUUUCCUCGCAGUGCAAGAAGUCUUCCUUAUCGAGAAUCGCUAUUCCGUUGUCUUCCAAUAUAUGCCCUUAUCGCUUUUGGAAUUGAGACUUCCCUUCCUAAACGAAAAUGAUCUGACAGCAAUUAUAGGCCAAAUCCUCGAUGGACUCUCCUAUUUGGAAAAAGCGGGUUUAAAGCACGGCCAAUUAACAUGCUCCAAUAUCCUGGUCGAUUUUGACGGCACCGUUAAGAUAUGGGGGUGCGAAGAAUCUCACGCUACUUCUGAUUCUAAGAGGGACAUCAGAGACCUGGGAAAUGUCAUAAUGGAAUUGAUGCAGGGGUAUCCGAAAGAUGAUGGCGCGGUCGGCAUAGAGGAUUUAGAACGCUGGCCAGCGGAUUCCCGUGCCGUCGAGUUCCUGUCGGCAACGACGUGGGCAUCGAAGAUAAGCGAGUUAGCGAAUCUCCCACUUCUGCAACAAGAUUGGCAUCCGAGCUGGCUUAAAGGUAUUGUGUGCCGAGCCAAUUUUUUAGUGAGACGUGCGUACGGCGAUGCAGGAGCAACAGAAACGCAGGGCCUGGAACUGUCGCGACCCACACAAGCUUCUCUCCUAAGACACAUGACGUGACAGAUAGUCACGGGACCGACUCGGC